ACGCCAUCCUACAAAAGUGGGCAGUGCUGGAAGAAUGCACUGUACCAUCUGGAGAUGGAAGCGUUGGAUUCCUACAACUGGAUCUUUCCAUUGUGACGAACCAGCAACAGGCUAGUCCAGUCAUUCAUUCUGUAACUGAUAAUGACACAAAUGAAGAUAACCUCUUGGAACCUUAUGCCGAUAGUAAAAACCUUCAACGAGUUAAGUACACCAUCAUUCUUUACCAAGGCGAAUUUAUCUCGAAAACUGAACUUGCUAUCCAAGUAUCGUUUGGCGGGAUAAAGUCAAGAACUAAAUUUUCGCAUCACACUAACGUCGUUCACGAGUGGAAUGAGAAGAUCGCUUUCAUAGGAACAUUUCCAUCGUUAUUGCAAACUUUCAUCUUCGAUGUCAUUGCAAGUGACUGUUGUCAUAGACGGGUUGUAGCUGGCAAUGAUCUACAAUUCUGCAAUCUAUCCAAGCAGAUUGACAGCGUCUAUUCUCUUCCAACUUUUGGUCCGUCCUAUCUCUAUUUUUACCAAGGACCACAGAAUGCUGUUUACGUUGGUCGUUUGCUGCUUUCGAUUGUCACAGAAGUCGUUCACAAUCGGUCGGUAACCCCGAGAAAAUGCCAAACGUUUCCAAUUAUGGCACCACUGGAUACAACUGCGUUUUGGGAGGAAGAACGGUUCCUGAUGAAGCUCGUCAUUUUUGAUGUCUCAGUUUUCGAUCCCGCCAAACCGACAAAAGUCACAAUGGCUUUGAGCUGUCUAUCUCAAUCCUCCAAUAUCGUUGAACUUCAGCUGGAGAAGCUGGCAACAUCAAAGGUACGCAAUGCAACCUUCCAGGAAUUUCCCGAAAGUUAUCGACCGACGUUGACGGUUGAUUUCCGCUGUCCAGAUUUUCGGUGGAAAUAUGGUUUGACCAUUGCCUUGCGGCAAGCGGUUGACCAUGGAAGGAAUUUACUGGAAAAAGUUGUUCUAUUUCGGAUGGGUAACGGCGAAAUCUCUGCACUGAAACACGCCAUGGAAAACGUGUUGAUUGAUUUUGGUGGUUAUCUGAAGAAAGCUCGUGACAAUUUGUUCAUCAGGAAAGACAAACUACUAACGCAGUGGGAUCACAAGAGGAUGUUGUACGCCAUGGAGCAGAUAGACAACAUGAUCUCUGCAACAAAUCAACUAAAGACAACUUUAUCGGAACCAUUAUUUAAAAACCCAGCUUCGAUUGAAUCGGAACUGAUGAACAUUAUCCAUAACCUCGAAGACUUAAUUUACGAUGAGCAAAACACAUUUCCCGAAUGCAUUCUGCUGGUUCGUCACUCCGUGGGACGAAACUGCUGUAAACGUGCCACUGGUAAAAGAUGUAGUCAUUUCGAUGCUAUCUGCAGGUUGAAUACAGUCGAAUACUUGAAUUUUCCAUCCGAUAUGCUUGGCGGUGCCAUCGGUGAUAACGUAGGCUUAUCGUGCGGGAAAAGAACCGCGAUAUUGACGAGGCCAUCACGUUGUCAGCAUUCCUGUGACCCGGAGUGGUGCGGGUGUGUAUAUGCAAAACUAGAUGUUGUAAUCUGGGUCGGUACGGAACAGGAAGCAAGUGGAUGCCAAGGAUGGAAAGCCACUCGGCAGGAUCGCAAAGCUUUUCCCGACAAAGAAACCCAACAACUACGGGAACAAGUUCAAUGCUGUGAAGUCGUCUCACCGGUGCAGUGUACUGUCAACGUCCAUCAAGGGAAAAUACAGGCAGGAUUUGAUAGUAGCGGGUUGAGCGAUCCGAAGUUUGUGGUUUUGAUGGGAAACUACGAAAUGGCAACGUCGGUUAUUUCCCAGACACUGUCCCCACUCUGGAAUGAGGUCAUUGAAUUUCGCAACAUUAAAUUGCUGGAUCACAACGAUAGCCUCCGUGCAGGAGAAAUUAACGUCAUGCUACUGCUGCUCGAUGAAGAUAAACGGAAGUGUUCGCAGAAAAACGAAACCAUAGGCAUUGGCUGGGUCAAGUGUCGCCUGCGGUCAGCAGCAAGUACAGUUUGUUACGACGAAUCACAAGCCGAGCCUACGACUGUUAACAGCUCGUCUCCAGAGAAUCCAUCUUUAUUAGAUAAUGACCGGUUCGGCGGAAGUGUGAGAAACACGAGUCACCCAUCUGAUAAGCCAUCGAUUUCGCUCGGUCAACACUCCCAGGAAGUGAACAAUAAAAUAUCGCACUUUCAGAAGAGAAACGCUACGGACGAUGACCUGUGGAAAAGCUUCAACGGCACUCGUAGGGAUAGUGUUCUGCGGUGGGUCGGGAUUUUUCGCAAUGGACAACGUAUGGCAGAUGUUUUAUUAUCUGUUCUAAUAGAAAAGACGGAUGAAACUGAGAGCAGCGACAUGACAAUAAGUAUGAAGCCAGGAAUUCCAGCCAGCAUUUGUCCGAGCUCGAAAAAGUUUCACGUUCAGGUCCUGUUUGCCGGGUUGAGAGAUCUUCACAGUUGGACACGAAGCGGUGCCGGGCGAUAUCGAGUUCAAGUAAUAUUUGGGGAGUUGAAAUUGAUGAGUGGUUUAUCGUAUCGCAGUUCCGGACAUUCCAUGAGCUUUUCAGACGUGUACGAUGCUGGAUUUCUGAUGCUGCCUUCAAGAUUCGAAUAUUGGCCUCCUCUAGUAAUUCAACACGUAGAGUACCCCAUGCUGAAAGGCGAACGCGUUAUUAGCUCUAAUAUCAUUGAACGUCCAGAACUUUCCUUCACUGACGAUACGAUGGAGCCAAUCAAAAACUAUUUAAUCAACAAUUACCGUUCGCACAAUGAAACGGAGCGAAUUUCCAUAGACACUUUCUACAGUGCGGAACAGGAACCUCUCAUUGAAUUGGAUAAGACGGAACCAACUUUAAGGCGAAAACUACUGCCCACGUUGCUUGCCGUAAAAUGUGUUGUCGCGGAGAAAAUCAAGGCUACCCGCAAGAGAGGCACUGGGAAUUCAGCGGCCAUUGCAAGACGAGGUUCCUUAGAGACCGAGUACACGUGGUGGACCAAGUUUUACAAUAGCUGCAGCUCCCAACCGUCCGAUUAUAAGCACCAGUUGAAGAUCUACCCUUGUGAGCUUGAGAAAGUUCCAGAGUUUGAAAACUUUCAGGACUGGAGUGAACCAAUUCCCUUGUUGAAGAAAGUGGAUCAUCGUAAAUUGAAGCCCUUCAAGACGUACGGGAAACUAAAAUGCAAAAUUAUUAUAAGAACAGCCGAAGAUAAUAAAGCGAGUACGAUUGACCCGAGUACAGAUAUGAUGUUAAGAGCCAUUCCAAAGUUGAUGGCCGAAUCAAACAUUAUCGUGGUGGUUUAUAUCGUACAAGGGAAGCAUCUACAAUCACGGGAUAUUUUUAGUCUCUCGGAUGCAUACGUUAAGUUAGAGUUUGGAAAAGAAAAAAUCGUUGACCGACCAAACUUUAUCAAAGACCAGUCGAAUCCUUUAUUUGGGAGAAGAUUUGUGAUGCAUGGGCGACUUCCUCGUGAUCACGUUUUGAAGAUAUCAGUGAUUGAUAGAGAUACUUGCUCGCCGGAUGAUCUAAUUGGAACGACAGUAAUAGAUAUUGAAGAUCGUUUUCGGACAAGACACUUCGCUACGUUUGGCUUGCCUCAAGAAUACAAUGCCUUAGGGUACAAUGCAUGGCGUUUCCCUAUGAAGCCCACUGCCCUGCUAGAUCAAAUGUGUUUUCAAAAUGGCAUUGUUGGGCCCAGCUACUUUGGAAGCACUGUUCAACUGGCUGGUAAAACAUUCUACGAUUCCACUGUUCUUUCAAAGACAGAAGAUAUUCAUGAAAGGUUGGCCCUCACGGUUUUGAAUAAUUUCAACCAAAUUCCAGUCAUCGGAUGUCAACUAGUGCCGGAGCACGUAGAAACGAGGUCCCUUUUCCAUCCUGACCAUCCAGGAAUAGAGCAAGGACAGUUGCAGCUUUGGGUUGAGGUAUAUCCUGCAGAGUCCACACCAACUUUGGUCGAUAUUACUCCGAACCCACCAAAACCAUACGAGUUGCGGAUCAUUGUGUGGAAUACUCAAGACGUCGUUCUCGAUGAACGAAACAUCUUUGGAACAAAAAUGAGCGACAUAUAUGUGAAGUGUUGGCUCCAAAACGUGGACGAAGCGCAGUUCACCGACAUCCACUACAGAUCACUGGACGGCACGGGAAACUUUAAUUGGCGUAUGGUAUUCCCGCUCGUUUACUCCAGCUCCGAAGCCAUGAUGGUGGUAACACGCAAGAAAAGUUUCUACGAGCAACUUGACACCGAGCAGAAAGUUCCUCCGCUGCUGACAGUGCAAGUGUGGGAUAAUGAUCUCUUUUCCCGCGAUGACUUUCUCGGUACGUUGAACCUAAAUCUCGCGCAACUUCUAAGGCCGACCGCAAAACCGGCGAAAUGCUUCCUUCAGCCACCUGCUGCCAUUAGGAGGGACCAGUAUCUGAAUCUUUUCCGCGAAGAGAAAAUCCGAGGAUGGUAUCCUAUUGUCGGGAAAGUCAAUGACAGAUUAAUUCAAACGGGAAAAAUCGAGCUGGAGCUGCAGAUCCUAACCGAGGAGGAGGCUCUGUUGAGACCAGCUGGCAAAGGACGAAAACCGCCACAGAAGCUUCCAGCUCCCGACCGUCCGGAUACGUCCUUCAACUGGUACCGCAACCCGCUCAAGUCCUUCCGGCUGAUCCUGUGGCCGUUUGUCAGAAAAGUGUGUCUGAUAUUGUUGGUGAUAGUCCUCGUCGCACUGCUCUGCAUCGGACUGAUAAGCAACACACCCAGAGAGAUUAUAGCGAGGGGCUUUGGCAGGAAGGCUUCACUGGAUAGUGCCAUCAGCACCGGAAUUAUGGAGUCGGAGUAAUAUUGUGAAAUUGUCUAUGUGACGAAUAUGCGUCCCGCCGGCUAGGUACAUAGUAGAGCGUUCCGUCAACUUAGCAUGUUGAGCCUGUUAUCUGUUUGUUAUCUAGUGGUUAAUUACAAAUAUAAUUGUGCUGAUUGUGGAAAGUGGCAAUUUUUCAUCAUACUCACUUGUAGCAU